AAUAUGGCAUUUGCCAACGUUCUCUCCUCUCUUUGUCUGUUGGCGUUAACCCUAGUCUUAGCUCCCAUUUCCCCCAUCGAGGCAAAAAGCUACCCUAAGAACUACAUAGCCGCCCACAACGCCAUCCGCGCGGAGGUUGGCAUCGAGCCCCUCCAUUGGAACGCCACUUUGGCUGCCUAUGCUCAAAAUUACGCCAACACAAAGAUUGCCACUUGUCAAAUGGAGCACUCUGGAGGGCCCUAUGGCGAAAACCUAGCAGAGGGAUACGAAGUGAUGACAGCAGAGACGGCGGUGAGUCUAUGGGCCGAUGAGAAAAAACAUUAUGACUACAAUUCUAAUACAUGUGUCAAUGACUCUAGCCAUUGUCUUCAUUAUACACAGUUGGUAUGGAGGAACACCAAAUCUAUUGGUUGUGCCCAAGUGAAAUGCCAAAACAAUUGGGUUUUUUUGAUUUGCAACUAUUAUCCUCCAGGCAACUAUAUAGGCCAACAUCCAUACUAA